CUAGCACCAUCUCCCAGCAGACAAAACCAAAAUGAUUGUUGGCGUGUUUGGCUCCCAUUCCUCAACGGCGUCCAUCUGGUCCGCCUGCACCAACCUUCGGUUGUAUUCGCAAGACCCAUCCCCGCGGUAGUACUCGCAGAGAAAUUGCUGAAAUAAGAGACGCACGGACGCACAAGAGCUAGUCAUGGUCACCGGCACAGCCCACCAUUCGUCAGUUCAUUUCGCAUGCUGACGAUGGAACGCCUGCGGUUGCCACAGCCGCUGUGAGCCAAUGCAUAUUUAUGGAGGUGUUCUAUCGCCAUCCCCUCGCUCAUUCCGCUCAUCACCCACCUGAUUCCCUCGUAACCCUUGCCAACCAUGCGUAUCACCGCCCUCGCCGCCGCCGUCCUCCUGGCCUCGACGUCCGUCGUGAACGCUCAGGGAGCUCUGGAUCGUGCCAGCUCUGCUAUGCAGACGGCGACCCAGGCUGCACCUAAGCCCUCGGCUACCGCUCCUGUGGAGAAGCCCGGUACCACCCACGAGCCUAAGGAGACGACAUCCGUCGACAAGCCUGCUACUACCCACGCUCCUAAGGAAACGUCCAGCGUCGACAAACCCGCUACUACCCACGAGCAUAAGGAGACGACAAGCGUUGACAAGCCCGCUACUACCCACGCUCCCAAGGAGACGACAUCCGUUGACAAGCCCGCUACUACCCACGAGCCGGAGGUGCCGACCACCACCGACGACGAGCCUGAGGUGACCACCAUCGACGACGAGCCGGCUCAAACUGCGGACCCCGAGCCGACCACCACGAUCGACGACGAGCCGGCUCAAACUGCUGACCCCGAGCCGAUCACCACGAUCGACGACGAGCCGGCCCCGACCGACAUCCCCGAGGUUAGUCACACUGAAGAGAUCCCAGCUCCUGAGCCCACCGAGGACUGCACGGAGGAGCCUACUCCCGAGCCCACCACUGAGGAGUGCACGGAGGAGCCCACUCCCGAGCCCACCAGUGAGGAGUGCACGGAGGAGCCUACUCCCGAGCCCACCACUACCGAGGAGUGCACUGAGGAGCCUACUCCGGAGCCCACCACGACUGAGGAGUGCACCGAAGAGCCCACUGCCGAACCCACCACGACUGAGGAGUGCACGGAGGAGCCCACUGCCGAGCCCACUGAGGAACCCACAGCGGAGCCCACUGAGGAGCCCACUGAGGAGCCCAGUGCCGAUCCCACUGAGGAGCCCACCGCCGAACCUACGGACAUCCCCGUCCCGACCGACACCCCCAUCGAAACGGUCACAUCCACCUUCGACCCCGAAAACCCCAUCACCUAUACCUACACCUACACCGAGACUCCUAUCGAGACCCCCAUCGAGACCCCCAUCAAGACCCCGAUCGACACUCCCCUGCCCACCAGCGAGCCCACCCCCGACCCGGAACCCCCGGUCUCUGGCGCCACGGCCAAGGUCGCUGUCUCCGCCUUUGCGGUCAUUGCCGCCCUUGCCUGCUUCUUCGCCUAAACCAACAAUGAGUUUCUCCGGCCUCUCCGAGACACGGCGUACCGUAUAGAACAUACCACUUGUAGUUAGUCUGUAGCCUUUCAUAUUCCCCUGACACGACCUGUAACUUUUCUAGAAUAACCUAGUAGGACUCUCUAUACAUAGAAUCCCUCUUAUACAGUACAUAACAUAACGUCACGCAAUCCCCUGAACCUCCUCCUUUUGUAUCGUGUACCCUGAUAUCGCAGAAAUGUUCGAAAUUGAUUGCUUUGGAGCUGGUUCUCCGUUUCCCUCUUUCACAUUCAUCGCUGUUCGCUGCGGGAGGUCGCUGCGGGAGGGUUAUCAUAUCUCUCUGUCUGGACGACUGAUGCCCCCUGUAGGGUAAGACCACCUCGCAGUCAUCAGUCCACUACCCAACCGUCGUCCUCUGGCCUGCAGUACUGUAUGUGCCAGGGUAAAAUGAUUUGUGAGGGCAGUUGAGGGUUCG